AUGUCACAGCCGGCUCAUCCCCCUAAACGCCGACGUGCAGUUUUAGCCUGCCAUUCGUGUCGUCACCGGAAAUCCCGGUGUGAUGGAGGUCGACCGUGCACUCAAUGCAAAGAGCUCGGGUGCGACUGUGUUUACCAGGAUGUUGGAGCAUCAAACAAUCUGACAGUGGAGAAAAGUUAUUUGGCUCGCCUUGAACAUCGAAUCCAAGAUAUUGAGGCUUCUAUUCGCAGAUUGGAGCAAAGCCAGGGAGAAACACCUUCCCCGACGACCGUAAAUGGAUCUACACCGGCGUUGAAGCAAACAACAGGGAAUGGAAGGGAAGCGUUUCAGAUGUCUAAACCAGACCACCAUGCGCCUUCUUCUCAUGCAAUUGCCCCGGGAGGAAGAGCCGAAUUCGGCGAAAUUGAUACCUCCGAGAACUCAAUUGAUGGAAUGGGCGCUAUGAAUUUCACGGAUGAAGAGGAUUGCCCAUCUUCCAAUAUCGCAUUCAUGCGACAUAUUUCUCGUGCCCUUGCACGAGGAAGUCAACAAAGAAACGGUAUCACCUCCAUAUCUUCUCCUCAAAUCGGUGGGGGCAUGUUGAAUGUUUCAAGAUCUUGUCCAUCACCAGGUGAUUCCCGAAGUAAACCUUCAGCAACAGGCAAGGUCGAGAUCAACAUCUUUGCAUUACCUUCGGAGCAGCGCACCUGGCAUCUGGUUCAAAUAUACUUUGAAAAGACCGGUCAACUUUUACCGUUCAUCCACGAGUCGUCAUUCUGCGAAACAUACUUUCGAAUGAAAGAAGAUAAUUUCAAGCGAGUACGUCGAACAUGGCUAGGUUUACUCAACAUUAUUCUAGCCAUUGCUACAAGUCUUCACACUGAAGGUGAUUUGCCUGCUGGGCAAAGAAUUCAAGAGUCAGAUAUUCACUUCCAGAGAGCAAAUGGGCUCUGUGAUAAAGACUCGAAACGUAACGCUAGUCUUGAAAUGGUUCAAUACUUGUUGGUUCUGGGUCAAUAUCUUCAGGGAACCCAGAAAUCGGUCCAAGCAUGGACAACGCAUGGCCUGGCUAUCUCCGCUGCUUUUCAGCUUGGUUUGCACUCACCGGAAGCCAAUCGACGCUUUUCUCCCGUAGAGAGUGAAAUUCGCAAGCGAACCUGGUACGGUUGCAUUCUACUCGAUCGAACGUUGAGUAUGACAUUUGGUCGACCCUGUACUAUUCCGGAAUCAUAUGUGAAAUUGGAUAUGCCUGUGAAAGAUAUGCAAGUUUUAGCGAACUCUUCACAAUCCGACGCACAUCCCCAAUUAGAUGGUUGGUUCUUUACAGCGGCAAUUCAGAACUUGGGAUUUGAGCAUCCACCGACUGCAGCAAAUGCGGUGCCUCAAAUCCUCGAGGGAGAGCGUCAACUCGAGGAAUGGCGCUUUUCAAUUGUACCAUCACUUGGUAUCCGGCUCUGGCACGAGCCCUUGCUCUCAAAAAAUUUGGCACAGCUGGACCCUGAAUCAACCAUUCGCCACCGAUUCGGAAUCGUACUCUCCGUGAGAUAUCAUAAUUUACGCAUUCUUCUCUACCGGCGAUUUCUGGAAAGCUACUUGGAUUCAUAUAAUGCAGAUGACUCAAUUUCAUCAGAAAAUAAGCUUGUCCAGCAGAUGGGGUUUACAGGGGUACAGAACUGCGUCGAGUCUGCCAUAUCGAUUAUCUCCACCGUCUACACCAUCACUUCCUCUGGUGGCUGGCAUCGAGGUCUGCUCGGUGCGUGGUAUUAUUCUUUAUACUAUACUUUUAAUGCGGGACUGGUGAUAUUUGGCGCUCUUCUAGUCUCUUCCAAAGAACGCCAGUGCAACCCAGACCAAUGGCGUUCUAUAGAAAACUCGCGACAAUAUCUCGACCUCGCUGCGGACGCGCUACGCCAUCUAGAUUCGGGAAAUCGUGUCAUUGAGCGAUGUGUUGAAUAUUUAGCACAGCUUUCUAUGAUGCUCAAGGCCACCACUUCAGAAAAGCCCAGCAGUUUGGCCAGUACUAGCAAUGUGCAAGCUCCAUUGAAUGGCCCGCCAAUCUUCUCAGCGGACAAUGCAGAUUAUCCUAUGUGGUCCAACGUGGAUCUUGGAGAAUUUAUGAUGGACAACGAUUUGGACUUCCUAGGUCAGAUGUUUAAUCUUAAUCACCCGCACGGCCCUUCAAUAUAG